AUGGCUGUUGGAUUGAUUAAAAUAUUGAGGAUGGUCAUCUAAUACUAUAAUUAAUAAUUUAAUUGCAAUUUAAGAGAUGAAAUAUCAAAAAAACACAUUGAAAAAAUUUACGUUUGGGUAUUUGCAUGGGCUGUUGGUGCAACUCUUAUCUCAGAUGAUUAUCCAAAAUUUGAGAGAAUUGUAGCUGACACUUUUCCAGUUGAAGUUCUGCCUAGAGGUUCUCUAUUUGCUUGCUUAGUUAGAAUAACUAAAACGGAUGGAUUAGUAGAUAUAAAUUAUACACAAUGGAAUGAUAUCAUUCCAUAAUUUGAAUAUACAAAAGGAAUGAGUUAUUUCGACAUGGUUGUUUAGACUAAGGAAACUGUUGCUCAUGGCUGGUUUUUGGAGUAAGCAGUCAAUACGAAUUGUCCUAUGUUUAUUACUGGAGUUACAGGAACUGGUAAAACAAUUAUGGUUAAUUCAACUGUUGAAAAAUUAAGAGAUGAUGGUCAUAUAGCUUUGAUGUAGAUUACUUUCUCCGCUAAAACAGCAAGUUUUACAACCUAAUUAAGUAUUGAAUAAAAACUUUAGACUCAACGUAAGAAAGGAAGAACUAUUUUGAUGCCUCCUCCUGGUAAGAAGUUUGUAGUCUUUGUGGAUGAUGUUAAUAUGCCAUCCUUAGAAUAAUAUGGUGCACAACCACCAAUUGAAUUAUUAAGAUAAUUCAUUGAUUAUCGAGGUGUUUAUGAUAGAAAAAGCUUUAAUUGGAAGGAUGUGGAUAAUACAAUUCUAAUUUGUGCUUGUGGUCCCCCAGGUGGAGGAAGGUCUCCUAUAACAGUUAGAUUUACUCGUCAUUUCGCUUUAUUAAGUGUGCCUAAUUCCAGUGAUGAGACUUUAUCUUGGAUAUUUAGUACUAUUUUGAAGGCUUUCUUAAAAAAUAAUCAUUUCAAGAGUGAAAUUGUGGAUUUGAGUGAAAACUAUUCUAUUGUUAAUGCAACUCUUCAAAUGUAUUCUGAAAUCUAAAAAGCCUUAUUGCCUACUCCGGAGAAAUCUCAUUACGUCUUCAAUCUCAGAGAUGUUAGUAAGAUCUUCUAAGGCAUUUUAUAAGCUAAACCUAUGAUUUAUUAGAAAUCUGAAUAAAUGGUUAGAUUAUGGGCUCAUGAGACAUGUCGAGUUUUAAUGGAUAGAUUAAUUAAUUAGUAAGAUUAAGAUUGGUUUAAAGAGAAUUUAGUUAAAAAUAUAUUCUUGUUCUUUAAGAUUGAAUAUAAGGUCAAUGAAUUAUUUGAUUCAUAACCGCCUCUUAUCUUUGCAGACUUCUAGAAAAGGGCUGAGUUGGCUGAUCGUAUCUAUGAGGAAGUGAGGGAUUACAAUCAACUUAUAAAAGUUAUUAAUGAAUACAUGAUGGAAUAUACAAAGAUGAAUCUAGUGUUAUUCAAAGAUGCCAUUGAACAUUUGACUAGAAUCAGCAGAGUAUUAAGAUAAUAAAGAGGACACUAUAUGUUGGUUGGAGUUGGAGGUUCUGGUAAGAAAUCUUUGACACAAUUGGGAGCUGUAUUGGCUGGAUGCAAAAUAGAAACCAUUGAGAGUAAGAAAAAUUAUGGUAAGAAAGAAUUUAAAGAGGACUUAUUUAGAAUGAUGUGUGCAGUAGGAAUUGACAAUAGAUUAGUAGCAUUCUCAUUUUCAGAUACUUAAAUAUUACAAGAAGGUUUUCUAGAGGAUGUUAACAAUCUUCUUAAUUCAGGUGAAGUACCUAAUAUGUUGACUAAAGAUGAUUUGGAGAUUAUUAAUCAAGGAUUAUAAGCAGAAGCUAGAGAAUUAAAAAUUAAUGAUAUAUACCCAUAUUUUGUCUAAAAGAUUAGAUCUAAUCUACAUGUAGUCUUAGGAUUAUCACCAAUAGGUGGAUAGUUAAGAGUUAGAUUGAGAAUGUUCCCAAGUUUAGUUAAUUGCUGUACAAUAGAGUGGUUACACAAAUGGCCAUAAGAGGCAUUGAUGAGUGUAGCAGAAAUGUUUUUGGAAUCUUUAGAAUUUGAUGGUCUAACAAAAGAUAUGAGAUAAAAUCUUUAUCAAAUGUGUGUUCAUGUUCACUAGAGUGUUGAAAAAAAAUGCGAUGAAUUUUAUGCUGCUCUCAAAAGAAACGUUUAUGUUACACCCAAAUCCUACCUUGAUUUAAUAGAAUCUUAUAAGACAUUAUUGAUGAUGAAAAAAGAAGAGUUGCAAUCAAACAAGAUGAAACUAUCUUCAGGAUUACAUAAACUACAUGAAGCAAACAGUAUCAUUAGUGACUUAAAGGUCAAAUUAACUGAAAUGCAACCAAUUUUAAAAUAAAAAACUAUAGAUUAAGAAUAGUUACUCUAAAAGUUAUAAAUUGAUUCUACUGAGGCAAAUAGAGUGAAGUAAUUGGUCUCAGAAGAGGAAAGAUAAGUUAAUGAAUAGGCAUCUCGAAUUAAGGAAACUAAAGCUGAAGCUGAUAAAAUACUGAAUGAAGCUAUUCCGACUCUGAAUGCUGCCACAGAAGCACUUAAUACUCUUAAUAGAAAUGAUAUUUCUGAAAUUAAAAGUAAUAAUAACCCAUAACCAAUUGUACGUUUUACUUUAGAAUGUGUUUCUAUUCUAUUUGAAGAAAAAUUGGAUUGGGAUUCAAUCAAAAAAUUACUGGCUGAUCCUAAUUUCUUAUCAAAAAUGAAAGGAUUGGAUGUCGGAUCAAAGCUAAAAUAGCUAGUAAUCCAGAAUUUAUUCCAAAUUUGGUUUAAAAAAGUGAGUGUGGCUGCAAAGUCUAUUUGUGAGUGGGUUAGGGCUGUGAGUGAGUUUACUGAUGUUAAUAAUGAUGUUGAGAAGAAGAAGAGUCAAGUCGAAGCCAUGAAUUAAUAAUUAGACAAAGCCAAUAAAGUAUUAUUGUAGAAGCAAUCAGAACUGGCUUAAGUGGUUAGAAAGGUUACAGAAUUAGAAAUACAAUUCAAUUAAAAUAAAUAAGAAAAAGAUCGUCUUGAUUAGGAUAUUUAAACUACAGAGUAAAGAUUGAUUAGAGCUGAAGAACUUACAGUUGGUUUGGCAGAUGAAUAAGAGAGAUGGAAGAUUAAAGUUGAAAGUCUUGCUGAGGAAAUAUAAUUACUUUUGGGUAACGUAUUUUUGGGAGGCUCAACAGUAGCCUAUAUGGGUCCAUUUACUGGAACCUUUAGAAAUCAAUUAAUUCAGAAUUGGAUGGAAAAAGCUACAGAGUUAACUAUUCCCUUGAGUGAGAAAUACAAUUUUGAAUCAGUCCUAGGAGACGCUCUUGAAAUUUAAUAAUGGGCUGCAAAUGGAUUACCUAAUGAUACAGUUUCCAAGUCAAAUGGCAUUAUUCAAAAAUAUAGUAGAUCUUAUCCUAUGUUUAUUGAUCCACAACUAUAAGCAAAUACUUGGAUCAAAAAUAGCUAUAGAGAUCAUAAUUUGAAAGUCUUAAAGAUUACACAAGAGGGACUUAUUAAACAUAUAGAAAAUGCAGUAUAAACAGGAAUCCCUCUCCUCUUAGAAGACGUAUAGGAAUAAUUGGAUAACUUUUUAGAACCAUUAUUAUUGAAAUAAUUUAAUGUAAUAAAUAGAAGAAAAAUGAUAAAGAUAGGGGAUAGAGAAGUUGAAUUUGAUCCAAAUUUCAAAUUAUUCUUUAGUACAAAAUUAGCAAAUCCUUAAUUUUUACCAGAAAUAUUUAUUAGAGUAACAGUAAUCAAUUUUACAGUCACAGAAUAAGGUUUGGAAGAAUAAUUACUUGGAGAUGUUGUAUAGAUCGAAAAACCAGAGAUGGAAGAAGAGAAGAAAGACUUAAUUAAGAGAAUAUCUACUGGUAAUAUGAACUUGAGAAAGAAUGAAGAGAAGAUAUUAAAUUUAUUAGCAAAUUCAAAAGGAAUGAUAUUAGACAAUGUUGAUUUAAUUGAAAACUUAAAGAUAUCAAAGUAAGAUGCCAUUUAAGUUAAAGAAAGUUUAGUAACUUAAGAAUAGAAAUCUGCUGAAAUUGAAGCAGCCAGAUAAUAAUAUCUACCAGUUGCUACAAGAGGAAGUUUGCUUUAUUUUGUCAUUGCAGAUUUCACUUUGGUAGAUCCUAUGUAUCAGUUUUCAUUAAAUUACUUUAAGAGACUAUAUUAGAAUGUGAUCAGAAAUUCAGAGAAGAAUGAUGAUAUUAAAAUAAGAAUAAAUACGUUAAUAGAUGGAAUAACUGAAACAAUUUACUCAAAUGUUUGUAGAGGUCUAUUUAAUUAACACAAGAGAAUCUUUUCAUUCUUAAUGACUGUUAAAAUUCAAUUGAAUGCAAAAUAAAUCAGUUUUGGAGAAUGGAAUCUUUUUGUAAGAGGAGCAAGUUUAUCAGUUUAGCCACCAGCUAUGCCAAACACUGUUAAAUUAAGUCCUAAAGUCUGGAAUGAACUGUAUCAAUUAACAACAGUUCAUUAAAAUUUUAUACAAAUUUAUAACUAAACAUUAACUAAUUUUAAAGAGAUUGAACAAUUAAUACAGUCUGAUAAUCCUUGGAGUUUAUUAAGUGAAUCAUUGACUCCUUUCCAGAAAUUAAUGAUUGUGAAAGUGCUAAGAGAAGAAGAAACUUUGUAUGCAAUGACAUAUUAUGUGGAUGCAAUCUUAGGAAAGAAAUUUACUUCCAAUAAUCAGGCAUCAAUUGAAGACAUCUUUAAUGAUACUGAUCAUAAAACUCCAUUUAUAUUUAUUUUGAGUUAAGGUGCAGAUCCAUUGUCUAGUUUAAUGAGAUUAGCAAAUCAAAAGAAGAUAUCAUCUGAAAAACUUAGAAUAAUAUCACUUGGUUAAGGACAAGGAAUCAUUGCUGAAAAGGCAAUUGAAAGUGGAGUCAAGAGUGGCGAUUGGGUAAUUCUAUAAAAUUGCCAUCUUGGUAAAUCAUUCAUGCCCACUCUUGAGAAAAGAUUAGAAUGGUUUGAGGAUCCAGAAUUAUAAUCAUCAUUUAACACUGGAUUUAGAUUGAUGUUAACUAGUAUGCCUUGUGAUUACUUCCCAGUUAGUGUUUUAUAGAACAGUAUUAAAUUAACUACUGAACCUCCUAAAGGGUUAAAAUCAAAUAUGUUUAAGAGUUAUACUGACUUAUCUUCAGAAUAAGUUGAAAAUUGUGAAAAAAAGGAACCAUGGAAAAAGUUACUCUAUUCUCUUGCAUUUUUCCAUGCUGUUGUACAAGAACGUCGUAAAUUCGGACCUUUGGGUUGGAACAUUAGAUAUGAAUUUAAUGAUUCUGAUCUUGAAACAUCGUACACACUACUUAGGAAUUUUCUUGAUUUGCCAUAAGAUAUACCUUGGGAUGCAAUUGUAUAUGUCAUAGGAGAAAUCACAUAUGGUGGAAGAGUCACAGAUGAUUGGGAUAGAAGAUGUUUGCUUACAAUUUUAACCAAAUUUAUUAAUGAAGAUGCAUUAAAUGAUGGCUACUCAUUUUCAGAUUCAGGUAUUUAUAAAUAACCUGGUGAAAUGAAUAUUGAUGGAUAUAGAAAUUUGAUUAAUAAAUUCCCAGAUUUUGAAAAACCCUGA